GACCAGACAAAUUCCCCAUUAGAACAAGAACCUCAAAAAUAAAAUGCCAUCUUUUUAGCUCCACCAAACACCACACAAACCGGAAAACUCUAGUUUUCAUCAAUGCAUGCAUAAAUUAACACCAAUCGUUUCUAUAAUGCAUAAUACAUGAGUUGUGUGAACCCCAAAUCUAAUGCGAACCCAAGAAUUUGCUUAUGAAAAGCCAUAGGUCAUGACAUAAUUGAUUUGCUGACUAUUAAACUUGGGUUUAAAGAUGCGUUGCCGACAUGAUGAAAAGCCAAAACUGCCUUGAAUGACAACUAAGCGAUCAUGUCUAUACCACCUCUUCACUCGUACUUCCACUAUAAUAGAAAAUAAAAAAGAAAAGAGAUAUUGUAAUGAGAUCUGUGGCCCACUCGAAUACAUUCUGGAAUUUGAAAAAAAAAAUAAAAUCCAUUGGUAGAAAUCGUCAGACCCCUUUAUUAGCAAUUUCCUUCUUGUCCUCAACCUCAUAAGUUGGCAAUCUUUUCCUCAACAAAUCCAACUUCUCAAUUGCUUUUUUUUUUUUAGAUCUCAUAAGCGUGUACUUCCCAUUCUGAAUUCGCAAUGUCAUCUCCUGCAGAGUUCUAUAAAUCGCUUCCACCUAUAAGCAAGGCUUAUGGAACUGCUUGUCUGUUGUUUACCGUUGCAUGUCAGUUGGGAUUGUACCAUCCUGAUGAUAUUGCUUUAUUAUACGAGCUAGUGUUCUCUAAUUUUCAGGUAUGGAGAUUGAUUACAAAUUUCUUCUUUCUUGGAAAGUUCUCAAUUAAUUUUGGGAUUCGCCUCUUAAUGAUAGCGAGAUAUGGAGUGCAACUGGAGAGUGGACCUUUUCAAAGACGAACAGCAGAUUUUCUGUGGAUGAUGAUAUUUGGAGCUUUGACAUUGUUGGCUUUAUCUGCAAUCUCCUUCUUCCGUUCCCCAUUCUUGGGUAUAUCACUGGUUUUCAUGCUUCUGUAUGUCUGGAGUAGAGAAUUCCCAAGUGCUAAUAUCAACAUUUAUGGUCUUGUGACCCUAAAGGCAUUUUACUUACCAUGGGCCAUGCUGGGUUUAGAUGUUAUUUUUGGUUCACCAAUUAUGCCAGAUCUUUUGGGGAUCGUUGCUGGACAUCUCUAUUACUUUUUAACCGUGUUGCAUCCACUUGCUACCGGGAAGAAUUUUCUGAAGACACCUAUUUGGGUACAUAAACUGGUUAUGCGUUGGAGGAUUGGUGCACCAACUGCUCCUCCUGCACAACCUGAUAAUCUUGGUGCAGCUUUCAGAGGGAGGUCUUAUCGGGUUGGUGGAGCAACAGCUUAUCCUGCACAACCUGAUAGGGGUUCUGGUGUAGCAACAACUAACCAUGUGCAACCUGAUAACGGUUCUGGUGUAGCAUUUAGAGGGAGAUCAUAUCGCCUUGGUGGGUGAAUUGCUACAUUUUUUACUGCCAACCAGUAGCUUGAAGUCGACAGUGAAUUUUUAUUCACAUUAUCUUGAUAACGCAAGGCAAGGGAGUUUUUUAGAUCUAUUUUUAAAUAUAAUGUUGAGGUGUAAUUCUGCCGAGGGCAUAUGUUGAAAUGCAUAUGGAUGCAUAACCAUCAGCAAUCACACCCCCUUCCUUAAGUAAAACUGAUUAUGUAGAUUCAUUUCUUUAUAAAUUUUCCUGGUAGAAGAUUUUACAGAAGGUUAACUGAAAACAGAUUAUGUCAACCAGUGGGGAAGCGUCGAUAGGUGAAAUUUUUUUCUUUUGAAUA